CCGUUUUUGAUGCUUUUCUUUCCCUCGUUCUUUAACCUUCUUUCUUCCUUUCCUUUCCUUUCGUCUCCGAAUAGCAAGUUUGUUGGGUUUUCGAAAGGAGUAGAUUCCAAAUUGCCGCUCCAAGUCAAGACAGACAUACAGCAUCUGCACAUCAACACCCCCACAGGGACGCAAUAGGGAGAAAACGAAGCAGAAGCAGCAGCGUAUUCAGUGUUGUAUAGUAUUGCAGUAGUAGUAGUAGUAGUAGUACGUAGGGAGAGACAGAGUAGUAGUGUGUAGUGUGGCGUAUGAGUGAUGAUGGGGACUGCGAUUUCAGUGGAACGACAAGAAGAAGAACAAGAGCAAGUAGUAGUUGGCGGAGGAGGUCUCUCAGCUACAGUGGCAGUGAUGGGAUGUGCCGCCAUGGCUGUGUUUUAUGUUGCAAUCCUUUAUGCUCCCACCUUAAUUCUACGCUUGCCCCCGCCCGCUUCCUACAAAUCCUUCAUGAUUAGACGCUUCAUCUGCGCCGCCAUCUCCUCCCUGGUCUCCAUCUUCGCCUCCGCUCUCAUCCUCCCUCUAAGAUGGCAUGCACCUGAUGUUUCCAGUGCUUUUGGCAUAAGAUUUGAUCAUCUCUGGCAAGCUUUGAUCCUUCCUCUCUCUCUGACUUCCCUAAUGUAUGCUGGGUCAUUCGUCCAGAAAUGUUUGCAUCUCCUUGAUUCAUGGGAGCAACAUCAAAACUAUGGCAGAAAUGUAACAAUUGAGUGGAUAAGUAAGGUGCAGGACAAGUGUAUUGAUUUGAUGCUUACGAUGCCUUCCAACAUCUCAGUUUGGCGCAACUAUAUUGUGGCUCCAAUUACAGAGGAGUUGGUAUUUAGAGCUUGUAUGGUACCCCUCCUUCUUUGUGGAGGUUUUAGCACUUACACAGUUGUAUUUCUUUGCCCCAUCUUUUUUAGUUUAGCUCAUUUAAAUCAUAUAUUGGAAUACUAUUUCCAGAAAAACAGGAGCUUGGUCAAAGCAUCCAUGGCUGCAGGUUUCCAGCUUGGCUACACUGUUAUUUUUGGGUCGUAUGCGUCAUUUUUGUUUGUUCGAACAGGGCAUCUUAUCGCUCCCCUAGUUGCUCAUAUCUUUUGCAAUUAUAUGGGUUUGCCCACAACUUUUUCACGAAGGGCAGGAAUGGUGAGUAUGGCGGCAUUUAUAGCUGGGAGUCUCGGCUUCUUCUGGCUUCUUUUUCCACUCACAAGCCCGCAUUUGUACAAUGAUAGGAUGCAUAGCUGCAAGUGCUGGCAUAGAUAUUGUACGUGGAGCUAAGCCCUGUGAAGUUCUAAUGCUGGAUUUCUAAAGAAAACCUUAACGUUACGAAACUAGUUAGUUGUCCUUUUCUCUUUCGUGUAAAGUUGUUAUCUUUGGUUCUUUACGCUGAUGAUUCAGUUAGACCCUUCUACCAACUGUAACUUCUUUUGAGCUUUCUCUUCUCCUAACACGAAUAUGGAAAGGGGAAAUCUGCCUCGAACCUUUUCGUUUAUUACCAUUACUGUUAAGCGUCUAUUUUAUGUCCAUGACUUGAAUAUGUGCAUUGAUUUGGAACACAAUGUCCAUUUUCC